AUGCCUCAGCCAUCCAUUACUCCACCAUGCCUCAGCUAUCCAUUACUCCACCAUGCCCCAGCCAUCCAUUACUCCACCAUACCUCAGCUAUCCAUUACCCACCAUGCCUCAGCUAUCCAUUACUCCACCAUGCCUCAGGUAUCCAUUAAUCCACCAUGCCUCAGCCAUCCAUUAAUCCACCAUGCCUCAGCUAUCCAUUACCCACCACACCUCAGCUAUCCAUUACUCCACCAUGCCUCAGGUAUCCAUUACACUCCACCAUGCCUCAGCUAUCCAUUACUCCACCAUGACUCAGCUAUCCAUUACUCCACCAUGCCUCAGCUAUCCAUUAAUCCACUAUGCCUCAGCUAUCCACUAAUCCACCAUGACUCCAGCCAUCCAUUAAUCCACCAUGCCUCAGCUAUCCAUUACUCCACCAUGCCUCAGCUAUCCAUUAAUCCACCAUGCCUCAGCUAUCCAUUACUCCACCAUGCCUCAGCUAUCCAUUAA